CACCACCUUCACCACCAACGGUGCCACUGAUGCUGCCAGGCUCAUCAAGAUCGGAAAAGAGUGUUCCGGUGAUGGCGCAGCAACACCCUGCGUUAAUACAACAUGCUAGGCCUGUAAUCCACCCACCUAAACCAAAGAGAGGUUGCUUUUGUAAAUGCAUAUGCUGGACACUAGUCUUGCUUAUAAUCCUACUCAUCAUGUUGGGAGCAACUGCAGGAAUCAUCUACCUAGUUUUCAAACCAAAGCUUCCCAAUUACUCAGUAAACAGCCUAAGGAUAAGUGAUUUGAGGUUGAACUUUGACAUGACUCUGUAUGCAAAGUUUGAUGUGAAGAUUACAGCGAACAACCCAAACAAGAAGAUUGGAAUUUACUAUGAGAAAGGAGGAGGGUUGAGUGUGUGGUACUCAAACACUCAACUUUGCGAAGGAUCAUUACCUGAGUUUUACCAAGGCCAUCGGAACAAAACAGUACUUGAUGUGUCCUUGACCGGUCAAGUGCAAGCUGGAAGCACUUUAAUGGCAGCACUGCAGGAACAGCAGCAGACAGGGCGUGUUCCUUUGGAGCUUAAGGUCCACGCACCAGUAGCCAUUAAACUCGGGAGGUUGAAGCUGAGAAAGGUCAGAGUCUUGGGUGAAUGUAUGUUGACAGCAGAUAGCUUGUCUGCUAAUAAUCCGAUAAGCAUCAAGGCUAGCGACUGUAAAUUCAGAGUCAAACUUUAAGUUUUAU